CCUCAGUACGGGUGAAAAAGAUGGCGGCGCCCUACAGUGAUACGUGUAACGAGAAGAUGCUGUAGAUAAUUAUUACUGUCAUUACUUUUAAAGAUAAAUAAUACUUAGCAAAAUGUUUAAAGAAACUGCACAACGUUUUAAGGCCGCAGCUCCUUUGCUUGCGCAAACGACGCUUUUGAAAGAAAUAAGAAUCAGCUCGACGCAUGGAGGGAGCAGUGUCCACGGGUAUCGAUAUUUCAAUGUCACCUGCAGCUUAUGUGCGAAGGUACCGCCGAGAAAAAAGCCGAGAGUCAAGGUGGACAUACCCGGACUCGAGCGCAUUACCUAUGGCGAUAGAAUGCACUAUGUCCCUGGGUUGGCAAAGCCCUCUUUCCCUACCUGGGUGCGAGACUGGAACGACCCCUCUCAUUACUAUGCGCCGAAAGAGGAAGAGAUGCCACUCCAUAAAGAGAAGCCUUGCUUCAUAUUUAACCAAAGGACAAACGCACUUGAAGGUAUUUUAUAUUAAAGUUAUAUAAACUGCUGGCUCCUAUUAUUGAUCCUGUAUUAGACAAAUGAAAGAUAUGCCACUAAUUGUCAAUCAGAGGCCAAAAUAUAGAAAUCAAUAAAAUACAUCGAAUUAAUCAACUGUGUGUAUUCUCUUUAAUACUUAUUCCUGUGUUACAGGUGUCAGGCAAGCACUGUGGCUCACAAAAUCCAAGCUGACAAAGGGACUUCCUGACAAGGUUCUGUCAUUGUCUGAGAAUGCAGCCAAUCAGAUUGAAAACCAGGAUGAGCGAGUUCAGAAUGCCAUCAGGCAUGCUCGCUUCUGGGACACCACAGAGGAACGACCGCCCAGAGAAAAGUUCUGGUGAGUAGUCGACCACUACUCACAAGCCAUACAGUCUACAGAUGAACGCAAACGGACUAGUCCAUGACCCAUGAUUGUCUUUGUCUGGUGUCACAGGUUUUCAUUCACAUCAGAAGCACAAAAUACAUGGCUGGGUCGGCUUGAGUCUCUGAACAUUCAAAUCCACUGUGCUGACAUGUGGCGUCUCUCUUCUGUCCUUUGUCUCUCUAGCGUGGCUUUGCUGAGGAGCCUGAUCCACCUGUGUGGGAGCCUACAGGUUAGUCAUCCUGGGCUUGGCAGGAGGAUCAUGGCGGAGAAAUACAGUCUGGCUGCCACAUGGAGCAGAGGUAGGCCUGUGACCCCUGACCUCAUACAAUAGCAUUAUGCAAUAGUGGUAAAUACGGUAUUAUACUGGACUUUGAAUGUAUUUGUUGGAGCAGAGGUAGGCCCGUGACCCCUGACCUCAUACAAUAGCAUUAUGCAAUAGUGGUAAAUACGGUAUUAUACUGGACUUUGAAUGUAUUUGUUGUUUUAGUGUUACUGAAAUAACACUAUUGCCCAUCUCCUCAUCAAGUUGUACCCAGUCCAAAAUAAACCCCUAUGCCCCACUAGUAGGUAACAUGUCCAGGGCCCAUUAUUUAAUAUCUAUGAGAUAGACAAGAUAGCCACAGUACAUAGGCUACUACUACGCACCAUUGACCAAUAGCUUAGCUGUUUUAUCUCACCUCUUCCUGGUCACCUGUCCUCCAGGUGAAGACUUGUUCCAGGUGCGAGGGCAGAAUGGGUUGCUGCUCAACAGCAUGGCCCCUCUCCCAGUGCUUGCUGGGAAAGAGGAGGUUCAGAGCACGGCCGACCACGUCCUGGAGACGUUCUACCCAAUCUCUCCCACCAUCGACCUGCAGAGUGUUCAGGUCUACGAGGAGCUGAACCAUACAGGUAAUACUACUGUCUGGCAAUCAACCAGUCAAUACACCUACAGAUUCAUACAAUUUGUAUGUAGAACAAUGGAAAUGUUGAAAUCAGGUCAGGAAUGAACUCACAAUAAAACCUCUGUUCCUUCAGGCUUCAAGGAGGACUACCCUUACCCUCAUGCCCACACCCUCUUCCUCCUGGAGGCAGGAGACACCCCUGUUACUCUCCUCCCUGAGCAGCUCCGUGCCAAGAUGAUCAUGUUCGCCUUCGGGAACGCCCUGGCUCGUGCUCAAACACUCCACGGGGUAAAGGCUGUUUGUAACCUUAAACAUAAAUUAAUUACAUAAUGGUGUAAUGUCCAAUACUUUUUACACAGGGGUAGUAGUUACACAUUUGUAUCCCUACCCACAAAGUAAACAGAAGUUAUAAAAAGUGAUUGAAUGGGAUAGAGAUUUGAUCAGGAUGUCUGCUUGGCAUGAUGCACUGAAGGUUGCUAAUAGUGGCAGACUUACAAUUAGGCAGAAGGGGAAAUUACCUCAGGCCUCACAUCAUCAAGGGGCCUCCUGAGCUGGGCGUAAUAAAAAAGAAGAAUACUAGUAAUCAUUAAAAAAAUAUAUUUCUCUGCCCCCCCCCCCAAUGCUCCGCUCGAGGCCUCCCAACCCGACAAACGACCCGCUGUCGUGAGCUUCUCAGCUCAUCGCUCUCAUUUCUGUCUUGCUUCAGCAGGUUGGUUCAGCAGCAGCAAAAUCUGCGCAAAUCUUUAAAGUUGCGAAGGAAAUGGGGAGGGAUGGAGGUUUUGCCUGGGCACUGUGCCCAGGUUAAUGAGGCCAGCCACAUUGUUGACAAAAAAGGCCAAAAAAAAGUAUGUGAAUCCAUACAGCUGAAUAAUAAUUAAUAAAAUAUAAAUUCUAGUUUUUCUUAUAAUAGUAGAAACAAGUGCCAUUAAUCACCCACGGACUGGUUCAUAAUGGUAGAAACAAAUGCCAUUAAUCACCCACGGACUGGUUCAUAAUAAUGGACUAUUCCACCCUGACAGAGUUCCCGUGCAUUGUUCCACACAAUAUGAUUGCAAACGUGACUUUCAUUGAAAUUAAGCUGCAACAAUGAAAACACCCUCCACCGAUUUUUUCCCCCUCCACUGAUUGUGGAUGUGGGUCACGUGUCUGUAGUCUUGAGCGAUUAACCGAAAUAUCUGUGAUUUUUUUCGGAUUUGAAUUCCAUUUUGUUCGUUUUUUUUCUGUGAGCUCAUUGCACAGUUUCUCUAGAGAUUAACUGUGCAAUGUAGUAGAGUUGUAGUUUCCAACAGGCCAAUAUUCUACAUAGUUUAACUACAAUGACCAUAAUCCAUGAAGCAUCUACUUGUCCGGUCUGUUUAUUUUACGCCUGCUACAGAAGAGACCGAAGAAUGCAUGAUCGUGAAGUGAUAUAGAGAGCAGCUGUUGCUUCGCGAGGUAUCUACCUGAAAAUAAAUAAUCGAAAUGAUUGAUAGUUGGUAUUCAGGACUCAUAUAAGUAUGCCUUAUCUACUUUGAAGAACUACAAAAUGGUGAUACAGUGGGGAAAAUAAGUAUUUAGUCAGCCACCAAUUGUGCAAGUUCUCCCACUUAAAAAGAUGAGAGAGGCCUGUAAUUUUCAUCAUAGGUACACGUCAACUAUGACAGACAAAAUGAGAAAAAGAAAUCCAGGAAAUCACAUUGUAGGAUUUUUAAUGAAUUUAUUUGCAAAUUAUGGUGGAAAAUAAGUAUUUGGUCAAUAACAAAAGUUUCUCAAUACUUUGUUAUAUACUCUUUGUUGGCAAUGACACAGGUCAAACGUUUUCUGUAAGUCUUCACAAGGUUUUCACACACUGUUGCUGGUAUUUUGGCCCAUUCCUCCAUGCAGAUCUCCUCUAGAGGAGUGAUGUUUUGGGGCUGUCGCUGGGCAACACGGACUUUCAACUCCCUCCAAAGAUUUUCUAUGGGGUUGAGAUCUGGAGACUGGCUAGGCCACUCCAGGACCUUUAAAUGUUUCUUACGAAGCCACUCCUUCGUUGCCCGGGCGGUGUGUUUGGGAUCAUUGUCAUGCUGAAAGACCCAGACACGUUUCAUCUUCAAUGCCCUUGCUGAUGGAAGGAGGUUUUCACUCAAAAUCUCACGAUACAUGGCCCCAUUCAUUCUUUCCUUUACACGGAUCAGUCGCCCUGGUCCCUUUGCAGAAAAACAGCCCCAAAGCAUGAUGUUUCCACCCCCAUGCUUCACAGUAGGUAUGGUGUUCUUUGGAUGCAACUCAGCAUUCUUUGUCCUCCAAACACGACGAGUUUAGUUUUUACCAAAAAGUUCUAUUUUGGUUUCAUCUGACCAUAUGACAUUCUCCCAAUCCUCUUCUGGAUCAUCCAAAUGCACUCUAGCAAACUUCAGACGGGCCUGGACAUGUACUGGCUUAAGCAGAGGGACACAUCUGGCACUGCAGGAUUUGAGUCCCUGGCGGCGUAGUGUGUUACUGAUGGUAGGCUUUGUUACUUUGGUCCCAGCUCUCUGCAGGUCAUUCACUAGGUCCCCCCGUGUGGUUUUGGGAUUUUUGCUCACCGUUCUUGUGAUCAUUUUGACCCCACGGGGUGAGAUCUUGCGUGGAGCCCCAGAUCGAGGGAGAUUAUCAGUGGUCUUGUAUGUCUUCCAUUUCCUAAUAAUUGCUCCCACAGUUGAUUUCUUCAAACCAAGCUGCUUACCUAUUGCAGAUUCAGUCUUCCCAGCCUGGUGCAGAUCUACACGUUAGUGGUCUUCUGUAGCUCAGCUGGUAGAGCACAGCGCUUGUAACGCCAGGGUAGUGGGUUUGAUCCCCGGGACCACCCAUACACAAAAAUGUAUGCACGCAUGACUGUAAGUCGCUUUGGAUAAAAGCGUCUGCUAAAUGGCAUAUUAUUAUUGUUUCUGGUGUCCUUUGACAGCUCUUUGGUCUUGGCCAUAGUGGAGUUUGGAGUGUGACUGUUUGAGGUUGUGGACAGGUGUCUUUUAUACUGAUAAUAAGUUCAAACAGGUGCCAUUAAUACAGGUAACGAGUGGAGGACAGAGGACCCUCUUAAAGAAAAAGUUACAGGUCUGUGAGAGCCAGAAAUCUUGCUUGUUUGUAGGUGACCAAAUACUUAUUUUCCACCAUAAUUUGCAAAUAAAUUCAUUAAAAAUCCUACAAUGUGAUUUUCUUGAUUUUUUUCCCUCAAUUUGUCUGUCAUAGUUGAUGUGUACCUAUGAUGAAAAUGACAGGCCUCUCUCAUCUUUUUAAGUGGGAGAACUUGCACAAUUGGUGGCUGACUAAAUACUUUUUUCCCCCACUGUAUUUGUCAGACAGCAUAGGCAGCAGCUCUAUAGAGAUGAUGACUUGGAAUGAAAUAAUAAAGUCAUAAAAUAAAACAAAUGUAAUAUACAGAACAAAUGAAAUAUUUUAUUAAAGUAAUGUGAAUAAAUUAUGGUUAAGUGAUAAGCAGUAAUGGGCAGUCACUACCAUCAUGGCAAUUUUAUUAAUUGUUUUAUUCUGUGUUACAGCAUUCAUCCCACAUAAUGCAUAGUGCAUUAAUUAAAUAAUAUAUACAGUGGGGAGAACAAGUAUUUGAUACACUGCCGAUUUUGCAGGUUUUCCUACUUACAAAGCAUGUAGAGGUCUGUAAUUUUUAUCAUAGGUACACUUCAACUGUGAGAGACGGAAUGUAAAACAAAAAUCCAGAAAAUCACAUUGUAUGAUUUUUAAGUAAUUAAUUUGCAUUGUAUUGCAUGACAUAAGUAUUUGAUACAUCAGAAAAGCAGAACUUAAUAUUUGGUACAGAAACCUUUGUUUGCAAUUACAGAGAUCAAACGUUUCCUGUAGGUCUUGACCAGGUUUGCACACACUGCAGCAGGGAUUUUUGCCCACUCCUCCAUACAGACCUUCUCCAGAUCCUUCAGGUUUCGGGGCUGUCGCUGGGCAAUACGGACUUUCAGCUCCCUCCAAAUAUUUUCUAUUGGGUUCAGGUCUGGAGACUGGCUAGACCACUCCAGGACCUUGAGAUGCUUCUUACGGAGCCACUCCUUAGUUGCCCUGGCUGUGUGUUUCAGGUCGUUGUCAUGCUGGAAGACCCAGCCACGACCCAUCUUCAAUGCUCUUACUGAGGGAAGGAGGUUGUUGCCCAAGAUCUCGUGAUAUAUGGCCCCAUCCAUCCUCCCCUGAAUACGGUGCAGUCGUCCUGUACCCUUUGCAGAAAAGCAUCCCCAAAGAAUUAUGUUUCCACCUCCAUGCUUCACGGUUGGGAUGGUGUUCUUGGGGUUGUACUCAUCCUUCUUCUUCCUCUAAACACGGCGAGUUUAGACCAAAAAACUAUAUUUUUGUCUCAUCAGACCACAUGACCUUCUCCCAUUCCUCCUCUGGAUCAUCCAGAUGGUCAUUGGCAAACUUCAGACGGGCCUGGACAUGCGCUGGCUUGAGCAGGGGGACCUUGCGUGCGCUGCAGGAUUUUAAUCCAUUACGGCGUAGUGUGUUACUAAUGCUUUUCUUUGAGACUGUGGUCCCAGCUCUCUUCAGGUCAUUGACCAGGUCCUGCCGUGUAGUUCUGGGCUGAUCCCUCACCUUCGUCAUGAUCAUUGAUGCCCCACGAGGUGAGAUCUUGCAUGGAGCCCCAGACCGAGGGUGAUUGACCGUCAUCUUGAACUUCUUCCAUUUUCUAAUAAUUGCGCCAACAGUUGUUGCCUUCUCACCAAGCUGCUUGCCUAUUGUCCUGUAGCCCAUCCCAGCCUUGUGCAGGUCUACAAUUUUAUACCUGAUGUCCUUACACAGCUCUCUGGUCUUGGCCAUUGUGGAGAGGUUGGAGUCUGUUUGAUUGAGUGUGUGGACAGGUGUCUUUUAUACAGGUAAUGAGUUCAAACAGGUGCAGUUAACACAGGUAAUGAGUGGAGAACAGGAGGGCUUCUUAAAGAAAAACUAACAGGUCUGUGAGAGCCGGAAUUCUUACUGGUUGGUAGGUGAUCAAAUACUUAUGUCAUGCAAUAAAAUGCAAAUUAAUUACUUAAAAAUCAUACAAUGUGAUUUUCUGGAUUUUUGUUUUAGAUUCCGUCUCUCACAGUUGAAGUGUACCUAUGAUAAAAAUGACAGACCUCUACAUGCUUUGUAAGUAGGAAAACCUGCAAAAUCGGCAGUGUAUCAAAUACUUGUUCUCCCCACUGUAUGUAUGUAUAUAUAUAUAUAUAUAUAUAUAUAUAUAUAUAUAUAUAUAUAUAUAUAUAAUGGAAAACCGUGAUAAUUUUUUGGUAAUCGAACCGAAACACCUUAAAAAGCACUAAUAGCUCAGCACUAUUUGUCUGUUACCUCGCUCCCCCUCCCUUCAGACUAAGCCUGGGGUGCUGGAAAAGCCCAUCGUGGUCCAGUCGGUGGCCACCAACGGCCGGAUGUUCCAGUAUGUGGUGUUUCAGCUCAACACCACAGACCUGCAGGCUGACGAGGGGGUCAAGAACCAGGUGUGGGUGGAGGAUGACCAGCUGCUGUACGACUUCGCCAAGGUCCGCCCCCUCAUCAAGAAGAGGGUGGUGCAGGUAAGAACUACUUUGUUUAUUUCUCUUUUUCAAAAGUGAUAUAAUCUAACAGUUAUAAAAUACACUGUACACCCGUAUAGGGUCCCACAUCUGUUAUAAACAGAAAUGGAUAGUAACAGUGAAUCCAUUUGACUUAGUAGCUUAGAUUUUAUACAAAUGGUAUUUGAAACAUCAAUAUGACCAGGUUUUGUUCUCUCUGCUUUGCCCCCUCAGAUACCUCCAGGUCUAUCUGGGUACAAGCCUGAAACCUUCCAGAAGUUCCUGUCGCUCUAUCUGCAUGGAGCUGUGUGAACUAGCUACAUAAAACGGCACCAAAACAACAAUGUUCCACCAUUCAUAACCUUAUUAUUUCUACUGUCAUUACUGUAAUAUCUGAAAUUAAAGAGACCCUAGAUACUAUAGCUCAUCAGAGUCAAAAGUUUCAUCUCUACCCUCGGCUCGGACUGCUGUGGGUUUGAAUUACAUCUGUAGAAGUGGAUUGUGAACCAUAUAUCUCUUAUUGUUUAAGAAAAUAAAUAAAAAGCAUUGUGAAAAUGUAGCUAUGUAUG